CGAAUGGUACCUCCCUCCCCUCCUCUCCUCUCCUCUCCUCUCCUCUCCCGGAUGGAUCGCUCCGCUGAGCCCCGGCCAGGCUGAGCGCUAGCUGACACCGGAGCAGGUUUGCCUGCGCCGCUUGCUCUCCUCCUGUUGGAUGUCAGACCGACCUAGCUUCAAGUUAAAGCUUUAGCCGCUGGAAGAAAGAAAAAAAAAAGACACCAUUAAAUAAAAUAAAAAUAAAAAAAGACACCACUCUAUUUAAUUCUCACCCUCAUCUCGGAUAGGAAGCGAUCCGCUUCCUCCCCUUCACCAUGGCUUCCAACUUCAACGACAUAGUGAAGCAGGGGUACGUGAGGAUACGGAGUAAGAAACUGGGGAUCUUCAGGAGGUGUUGGCUGGUAUUUAAAAAGGCCUCAAGUAAAGGACCCAGACGGUUAGAAAAGUAUCCUGAUGAAAAGGCAGCCUAUUUCAGGAGUUUCCACAAGAUCACCGAGCUCCAUAACAUCAAGAACGUGACGCGGAUGCCACGGGAGACGAAGAAGCAUGCCGUCGCGAUCAUCUUUUGUGAUGACACCUCCAAGACGUUUGCCUGUGAAUCAGAGCUGGACGCUGAGGAAUGGUGCAAGCUGCUGUGCGUGGAGUGCCUGGGUACCCGUCUCAACGACAUCAGCCUGGGAGAGCCGGACCUGUUAGCAGCAGGAGUGCAGCGGGAGCAGAACGAACGUUUCAACGUGUACCUCAUGCCCACGCCGAACCUGGACAUCUACGGGGAGUGCACCAUGCAGAUCACCCACGAAAACAUCUAUCUGUGGGACAUUCACAACGCUCGCCUCAAACUCGUCAUGUGGCCCCUCAGCUCCCUGCGCAGAUACGGUCGGGACUCCACCUGGUUCACGUUCGAGUCCGGAAGGAUGUGUGACACAGGAGAGGGUUUGUUUACGUUCCAGACCCGGGAGGGCGAGAUGAUCUACCAGCGGGUCCACUCGGCCACGCUGGCCAUCGCCCAGCAGCAUGAGAGGAUGAUAGAGGAGAUGGAGAAGAGCUCCCAGUUUCACUCCAGAGAGACGCUAACCAAGUCCAUCUCCCUGCCACGAAGCGCCUACUGGCAGCACAUCACGCGCCAAACCAGUGUGGGGGAUCUCUACAGUUACCAAGGGAGUGGUGGAGAGGAAAGAUUAACAGACAGAGGAGCCGGGCUGUCGAUGACUUGCAUCCCCAGAGCGCAGACGUUCCCCAGCUUUCUGUCUGAUGAGCCUGAGCGGGAGGAGAGGAACCAGCGCCACCAAGAAGAGGCUCCGUCGCCCUCUAGUGGCCGCGAAUCCAGUUGCAGCCUCAGACCGCUUCAAUGACAGAGAGCGGCUUGAGCAGCUCUGGACACUCAACCCGUCACUGUAGAGAGGUUUCAGCAAUCUGUAUAGUGAGACAUGUAAUAUACCUGCUAGAUGCUGUAGAAAGACACUGGAGGAUUGCUAAGUGUGACUGCAGAGGUAGGUUUUAAAAGUGCACCAAAAAUUAUUUAAGCGUGAUUUAGUCUUCUCUUUUUUUUUCUCUCUUUUUUUUUUUUUUUUGGUGUUGCCAUUGUCCUGUUUAACUCUGCAUGACCUGCUACUUCGUCAAUUUUUUAUUGUUUUUUUUUUUUUUUUUUUUUUUUUAAACAAAGCACUUGGAGGGAAGUUAAAGGCACAAUCACCUGGAGAUCUGCUCUAAAAAGGCUUUAAGAAGUUUUCUGGUCUGAAGUUGAUGAAAUAAAACUAGGCGUAAUCUGGCGAGGUGCUGCCUCAGCAGCCAGUUUGAGAGAAACUCCACCAGUUUUGACACAUAACCCUCCCCCCACUAACCACCCCCACGCCAGCUUUGUCGCGAGAAUGUAAAAUCGAUCAAUGCCUUACAUUUUAAAAAAAUAAUAAUAAAAAAAAAAAACAGCUUGAUGUCCAUGGAGCGAUGAAUCAGCGAAACUUUUCUAAUCGGUUCCAACCAGUCAAAAAAAAAAAAAAAAGUAAUUCAGAAAUGGGUUGGGGCGGGCCGUCGUGUCAGAGAUGAUAAAAAGCGCAGCCGUCCAACAGCCUCCGCUUUAAGCUGCUGGCAUUACUUUUCACUACAGCAAAUUGACUUUAAUAGCAUCUGAGCUCUUCUGAAGCACCGUCUGUCAGAAGUUACUGAUAAGCUGUUCAUUAGCAGAGAGGUGCAGAAAAAAACGGUCAACUGAUGGGAUGAUGGGUUAUGCAAAGCAGAUACAAAAUUCCAAUUUGGGCUCUGUAAGAGGCUAAGAGGAUGUUUCUUCUGCAGGAAAAACGCGACAACAAUAGGGGACAGUUGUUUUCUUUGGAUGUUUUGUGUAAGUUUAGGAAAUCUUUAUGAGGCUGUGCUUUAUAACACGGGACACGAAACCCAGGGUUCCUACCAGUAAAGCACGGUUUGUUCAUUUAAUACUGUUAAUAUGGAAAAUGUUUUGAGUUUUCAGGACUUUUUCAUCAUUCUAAUCUGAAAGCAAAAAUCUAACAGACAAAGAGUGUUUUACGGUUGUUUCAAAUUGGUCUAUACGUUUUCGAUGACCUUAACAGUUUAUUUUCCACAUCACAACUUACAGUGCAACUAUACUCAUGUAUAGUGUCUUGGACUUUCUGUAAUUUUUACAACAAAACAUUUAACAUGAUAAGACACAAAGUUGUGCACGAGAGUGAAGUGGACUGAAAAGAGGAAACAUGCUUUUGAAGUGUUAAAUAACAACAGCAAAAAAAUACUCUUUGGCCUGAAAGGGAAAAAAAAUUAAAUGCAGCAGAUAACUAACAUUGAAGAUCACCCUGAAUGUACCAACCCCCAAUGUGAAACGAUAAUGGGGCAACAUCAUGCUGUGGGGAUGCCUCUGUUCACUUUACAGUGAUUUAGUGUUUAAAUUACUGACAGAGCCCAGAGAGAGUGAUGCAUACUCAUUCUAAAA